AUGUCAAAUUUAAAAAUUGCUUUAGCGGAUCUCGAAAAUCAAUUAAUCCUCUCGCACUCAAAACUUGAAUCCAUUAUUGAUAAUUUUGUCUCAUGUUUUCUCAAAGGACUAACAACAAGAAGUAUUCAAAGCGAAGCAAAUGAUGAAAAUGAAAAAUUGAUGACUCAAACCAUGUUGCCUUCAUUUAUUUGCCGUCUGCCAACUGGAAACGAGAGAGGGACUUCUUAUGCAAUGGAUAUUGGUGGGACAAAUUUAAGAGUUGCUGCGGUGACAUUUCUUGGCGAGGGACGAACAGAAGUCAGACAAAAACAUUUUAUUAUCGCUGAAGAAUUGAAAACCAGCGGGGUUGAAAAACUGCUUGAAUGGGUUGCUGAGAGAGUUCAAGAGUCAAUUAUUGUAGAUGGAAUCCUUAAAAUGGGUGUUACAUUUAGUUUUCCAAUAGAACAACAAACGAUUAGUAAAGGAGUUGUGAUGAAAAUGGGAAAAGGAUUCAAUGUACCAGGCUUACAAAAUCAUGACGUUACUGAAUUGUUGAAUUCAACGUUCAAGAAAAAGAAUUUAAAUAUCGAAAUAGUCGCAAUCGUGAAUGACACCGUUGGUACAUUAGCAGCUCAAGCAUACAAAGACCCAAAUACCAAAAUAGCAUUAAUUUUCGGUACUGGAACAAAUGCAGCCUGCGUGGUUCCAGUCGACAUGGUCACCAAACUUGAUUCAACCACUAAACGAAACAAAAAGGACGAAGACGAUGCUGUUACGCUCAUUAACACCGAAUGGAGUCUAUUAGGUCAUAGCUUUUUACCGUUCACCAAAUAUGAUUACAUCCUUGAUGAACAAAGCGAUAAACCUAACUUUCAACCAUAUGAGAAAAUGAUUAGUGUUAAUUAUUUAGGGGAGUUAGUUCGGUUGACAUUAUUUGAUUAUAUUCGAAAAUUUGGAUUAUUUGGCGGUAGGGAAGCGGAAUCGUUGUCGCGACCUUAUUCACUUAAACCAGAAUUACUUUCAAGAAUUCAAAGCGAGAAAGAUACCAAAAAAGUAUACACAAUAUUACAAGAUGAACUUAAAUUCUCGCAACAGCAACUAGAAAAUCCGGACGACAUUCUUGUCUUUCAGAAAAUAAUCCAUUGUUUCGUUACACGUGGAUCACAAUUAGCAGCCUCCGGCAUAGCAGCUCUACUCAAACUCUUAUACGGCGAUUAUUCAAACAUUAAAUCAAACGUCACGUUAGCCGUCGAUGGAUCCUUUUAUCUAAAGUAUCAUGAAUUUUCAGAUGGAAUCGAUAAUUAUUUAUUUUCGAUUUUGGGUAAUAAUAAUAGAAAAUACGUCAAAUUGGCAGGUGUGGAGAAUGGUGGAUCUAUUGGUGCUGCUAUCGUUGCAAUACUUUAUUCCAAAUAG